ACAGUAAAAGAAUUGGUUAAGUGGUUUUGGCUUGAGUCAUUAUACUCCUCUCAAGGUUUUAACAAUUUUUUUUUUUUUUAGAAUCCUCUGGUUCCUAGGGAAAUGGGACCAUAAUAGUCUAGAGUUCGGCCGUGAGGUAAGUAAAGUCUGACAAAAAAAUUGUUACAUCCAGGAAUCGAACCCGGGUUCUCCAAAAAUCCGUUCUUUUCUAAUAAGAAUAUUUCAAGUACAAAGUGUUGACAAAAUUACUUGGGCCUGAUCCGAAUCAAUGUCUUAUGGGUCACUAACCCAAAACGAAGCCCAACUAAGACCCAAAGAAAUCAAAAUCGCAAUUGCAUAAAAAACUCGAAAAUCAAAUUCAAAUCCCUAAAAAGAGAAUAUGCAGAAGAGAGACCAAAGCAAGGUCGGUGGCGCCACCGGCGGUGGAUCAGCAACACCGGCAAAGAGAGGCCGUCCUUUUGGAAGCGGCAACAACAGUGCAGCUGCCGCAGCCGCCGCGGCUGAUUCGGCUGCUCCAUCGACCCUUCUUGGCCCUUCUCUUCACGUUCAUAGUGCCUUUGCCGAUCAAAACAAUAAAAGAAUUGUUUUGGCUCUUCAAAGUGGUCUGAAGAGUGAGCUGUUCUGGGCAUUGAAUACUCUUACAAUUCUCUCUUUUAAAGAAAAGGAUGACAUGCGCAAGGAUGCAACUCCUCUAACAAAAAUCCCCGGUUUGCUUGAUGCACUUCUUCAAGUUAUAGAUGACUGGCGUGACAUAGCACUUCCAAAGGAACUAGUCAGAGUCUCGAGGGUCAGGUCGUUAGGUUCAAAUUCUGUUGCAACUGGAUUUGGAAAUGAGUAUCAGGGAUUGGGCUCUACUGGUACUCUCCACCGUUCUAGCCUAGGAUCUGGCUCUGCUAGUACAGAAUCAACACAGCAGAAUGGCACGACAAAACCUCGUUUUUCAGAGUUGCGGUUUGAUGAAGAUGGUCUAUUUAAUUUAGACGAUGAAGGGCGAGCAGAAAAACAGCUAUGUGCUGUUGGUGCUUCAAAUGUCAUUAGGAACUUCUCUUUCAUGCCAGAUAAUGAAGUUAUAAUGGCCCAAAAUCGUCAUUGUAUGGAAACAGCCUUCCAAUGCAUUGAAGAUCACACUGUAGAGGAUGAAGAACUUGUCACAAAUGCUCUAGAGACAAUUGUUAACUUGGCUCCAUUACUGGAUCUUCGAAUAUUCAGCUCAUCCAAGCCUUCAUUUAUUAAAAUAACAGAGAAACGUGCAGUUCAGGCCAUCAUGGGGAUAUUGAAUUCUCCUGUCAAAGCCUGGCAUUGUGCUGCUGCUGAAUUACUUGGGCGUUUGAUCAUUAAUCCUGACAACGAACCUUUCUUGAUUCCGUUUUUUCCACAGAUACACAAACGUUUGAUCGACCUUAUCAGCUUACCCGCAUCCGAUGCACAGGCAGCUGCUAUAGGUGCACUCUAUAACCUUGCCGAAGUUAAUAUGGACUGCAGGUUGAAGAUUGCCAGUGAACGAUGGGCAAUAGAUCGAUUGCUCAAAGUGAUAAAGGCACCGCAUCCUGUUCCAGAAGUUUGCCGGAAAGCUGCCAUGAUAUUGGAGAGUCUUGUUUCUGAGCCACAGAACAGAAUUUUGUUGCUUGCCUAUGAGAAUGCUUUUGCAGAUAUACUUUUCACAGAUAACAGAUAUUCUGAUACGUUUGCGAGGAUAUUGUACGAACUAACAUCUCGACCAGGUAACAAAGUGGCAUCAGCACGUGGCAUCUGGGGUAUGUAACUCCUAACUCUGUAAUUGUCGAUCUUUGAUGUGGUUUCGUUUAGUGAUAGAAAUAGCUCUAGGUUUGGCAACUUGGAUAGCUCUUUAAUAACUGAUUCAUUUGAAGUUUCAAAAUGUAUAUUUAUGCUAUUCUAUGUCUAUGAUUGUACCAUAUUGAGUGUAAUCAAGUUGUAUGAUGACAAGCUUUUCACUUACACACUGCAACUGACGCAAAGUGACGUGAAGAUUAGAAGCUUAAGUUAUUAGUUGUGUUGAUAGAAAGUGUGGUUGCACCUUCUGAAGGGCGAUUACCCUAUGCGUUGAACGAGUAUUGUUCAUUUUUCUUUAGCAAAACUGAAUUUCGUGCUUCACAUCUUCGAAGAUAAUAUGAAAUAUCUACCUGCA